CGUCUUGAUGUAUAUAGUUGUGUACAUUAUUCUUAAAAUUUGCGUUAUUUUUCAAAAAUUCGAAUUAUACGUGGAGUUUUAACCAAUUAUAGUCCUGGUUUUUCAAAUCAUUAGUAAAAUGGCUGAUGUUUUUGAUCUUGAACUUCAUGAAGCAGACAAUGUGGACGAUGAAUCAGAAGACGAUGCUAUUGAAGUUGAUGGACAGAAGUAUUCUGAAGAAGUGGAGUUGCAUACUGCCAUAGAAUUGGAUGAUAUUGAAAAUGUAUCUAUAGCAGAUAUUAAGUUCGAUGUUGGUCGAGGCAAAACAGGACCUAGUGACUUUGAACUUCUUAAAGUUUUGGGAAAAGGUGGAUAUGGUAAAGUGUAUCAAGUUAGGAAAAAGACUGGAGAGGAUUCAGGAAAAGUGUUUGCCAUGAAAGUUCUAAAAAAGGCUAGUAUUGUGAAAAAUAAAAAAGACACUGCUCAUACUAAAGCUGAGCGUAAUAUACUGGAAGCUAUCAAGCAUCCUUUCAUUGUUGACCUUCACUAUGCUUUUCAAACCGGUGGAAAGCUAUAUCUGAUUUUAGAGUUUCUCAGUGGAGGCGAACUGUUUAUGCACCUUGAAAAAGAAGUAAUGCUUUUAGAAGAUACAGCAUGCUUUUAUUUAAGUGAAAUAUUGUUAGCUUUACAACAUUUGCACCAAGAAGGAAUAAUUUACAGAGAUCUGAAACCUGAAAACAUUCUAUUAGAUUCUGAAGGGCAUGUGAAACUCACAGAUUUUGGCUUGUGUAAAGAAUCAAUUAGAGAUGGUUCAAUUACUCACACAUUUUGCGGAACCAUUGAAUACAUGGCUCCAGAAAUUUUAACUCAAAGUGGUCAUGGUCGAGCUGUUGAUUGGUGGAGCCUUGGAGCUUUGAUGUAUGACAUGUUAACUGGCUCUCCUCCAUUUCAAGCAGAAAACAGAAAGAAAACUAUUGAAAAAAUACUGAAGCACAAAGUUGUUUUUCCUCAUUAUGUCACUCCUGAUUCAAGAGAUUUAAUUCGGAAGCUUUUACGGAGACCAGUUGUUCAGAGAUUGGGCAGUGGACCUGAAGAUGCUGAAGCCAUUAAAUGUCACCCAUUUUUCCGUCAUGUUAAUUGGGAUGACGUGCUGAGUCGAAGAGUUGAACCUCCUUUCAAGCCUCCUUUGACGUCUGAUGAUGAUGUGUCUCAAUUUGAUGCUAAAUUCACCAGUAUGCCUCCAUAUGAAAGCCCAGAUGAAUCCUUUUUAAGUGAAAGUCAAAACCAAAUUUUUCUUGGUUUUACAUACAUGGCUCCUUCAGUAUUAGAUGAAAUGGUGCACAAUAAAUCAAGAUCCCGUUUUAGCCCAAGAGGCCCUUUCAGCCCUCGUAGAGCAUCACCACACUUCAAUUUUGACAGUCCAAAAGCUUCACCUAUGCAAUUUGAAGAUCAUACAACUGUAGCUUCUAUGUCAAAUGUUUCUCAACUACCAAGAUCGCCCGCUAUUCCUGUGCGAAAUCGACAUAAUAUCAAAGUGUAUCAAGUUAGGAAAAAGACUGGAGAGGAUUCAGGAAAAGUAUUUGCCAUGAAAGUUCUAAAAAAGGCUAGUAUUGUGAAAAAUAAAAAGGACACUGCUCAUACUAAAGCUGAGCGUAAUAUACUGGAAGCUAUCAAGCAUCCUUUCAUUGUUGACCUUCACUAUGCUUUUCAAACCGGUGGAAAGCUAUAUCUGAUUUUAGAGUUUCUCAGUGGAGGAGAACUGUUUAUGCACCUUGAAAAAGAAGUAAUGCUUUUAGAAGAUACAGCAUGCUUUUAUUUAAGUGAAAUAUUGUUAGCUUUACAACAUUUGCACCAAGAAGGAAUAAUUUACAGAGAUCUGAAACCUGAAAACAUUCUAUUAGAUUCUGAAGGGCAUGUGAAACUCACAGAUUUUGGCUUGUGUAAAGAAUCAAUUAGAGAUGGUUCAAUUACUCACACAUUUUGCGGAACCAUUGAAUACAUGGCUCCAGAAAUUUUAACUCAAAGUGGUCAUGGUCGAGCUGUUGAUUGGUGGAGCCUUGGAGCUUUGAUGUAUGACAUGUUAACUGGCUCUCCUCCAUUUCAAGCAGAAAACAGAAAGAAAACUAUUGAAAAAAUACUGAAGCACAAAGUUGUUUUUCCUCAUUAUGUCACUCCUGAUUCAAGAGAUUUAAUUCGGAAGCUUUUACGGAGACCAGUUGUUCAGAGAUUGGGAAGUGGACCCGAAGAUGCUGAAGCCAUUAAAUGUCACCCGUUUUUCCGUCAUGUUAAUUGGGAUGAUGUGCUAAGUCGAAGAGUUGAACCUCCUUUCAAACCUCCUUUGACGUCUGAUGAUGAUGUGUCUCAAUUUGAUGCUAAAUUCACCAGUAUGCCUCCAUAUGAAAGCCCAGAUGAAUCCUUUUUAAGUGAAAGUCAAAACCAAAUUUUUCUUGGUUUUACAUACAUGGCUCCUUCAGUAUUAGAUGAAAUGGUGCACAAUAAAUCAAGAUCCCGUUUUAGCCCAAGAGGCCCUUUCAGCCCUCGUAGAGCAUCACCCCACUUCAAUUUUGACAGUCCAAAAGCUUCACCUAUGCAAUUUGAAGAUCAUACAACUGUAGCUUCUAUGUCAAAUGUUUCUCAACUACCAAGAUCGCCCGCUAUUCCUGUGCGAAAUCGACAUAAUAUCAAAACAUAAUGUAUGAAUAUCCUAGGAAAAUACAUUAGGAAAAAUAAAUACAGCCAAUUUUGCAGCUGUAUAAGAGACUUAUUUCCAUUUUUUAAUGAUGGAUUGCCAAAGCUUGCUUUAUUAGUAAAGCUUCCUAUUCAUAUGUACAUUAUCGCCAGGAAACAGCCAAAGGGGCUUCACAACUGGUAUUGAAGUACAUUAUUGUACUGUUAUCAACUUGUUGAAUAAUACAUUGUAUAUGUUAUAAAUAUUUUUGAAAGAAUUUUAGUGCAUACUGUAUGAUAGUUCUCAGGAUUUUAUGGAUAUGUAAAUUUUUAAAUUGCAUUUCUUGAGCAAGAUCUAAAAUGUUCUGAAAUAGGACUUUUAUUUUGAUUGUUUUAGCGGCAUAAAGGAGGAGGUGUUGUAAUUUCCUUUUUGGCACAAUUUUUUUUAAAAAACAAAAUCAAUAUUUCCAAAAAUUUCUACCAAGCAAUAAUUCUACCAAACAUUUGCUUUUUUUAAAAAUUUUAAGUGUGGUAACUAGAAUGUUUUUAAGUGUGGUAAUAUUGAUUUGAACAUCAUUUAAAAUCCACACAUAUUUAGUUCCUAUUUUGUGUAUAAAUUGAAUGCAAUUUUUUUGUAUUUAUUUUGGAAGAAUUGCUCUUGCCUCCUUUCUGCCAUAAAGUGUGAAAAGAGUUAUUUCUUUGUAAAUAUUUUAUGUAUUAUAAAAAUUAAUUCAAAGAAAACAAUUACUUACAUCUAUGCAUUUUUUAAAAACUAAUAUGCAUAGCAUUUAUUUUCUUUGUAUAGAAUGUCCCCCCCCCCCCACUCCUGAAUGUUUCUGAUACUUAGAUCUCCAGUGUUUUCUCUUUCUGAAAAUAAAACUUGUGUUUCAUUAAAUGGUUUAUUUUUUUAAUUCAAAUUUAAUGCAUGAGUUUCCUAAAAAUCUCUUGUCAAUUUCUGUUAAAUAUGUAUGUAAUCAUAUUGAAUUAAGAGCAAAAUAAAUA